UUUUUUUAUAAAUAUUCUCAAAAUAUUAAUUAAAAUCCUUUCAUUUAAUUUUAGCCUGGAAAAAUUCAAGUCAAGGCCUCCAUUUUUUCCCCAUAUAGAUUGCAAGAAGAGAAUAUGGCCUUUGCGAUUCCCGACUCUGGAAUCACUCGCAUAUCUACUUCCAAUCGAAACGCAUCGUUUUGUCCCCAGUUUCACCGCCGGAGUCCCACCUUAGUUUCGAGCACGGAAUCCCCAAGAUUGCCUGUAAUUCGGUGUUCAAUAAUAAAUUCCAACGGCGGCGAGACCCUCAGAACAUGCAAGAACUGCAAAACCCAAUUUGAGCCUUCUCUCAAUCACCCUCGCGCUUGUCGAUUCCACACUGCCCAUUUUGGAGGGGAAACAAAGAGGAAGUUUGAGAGUGUGUAUACUGGAGGCACUAUGGAUACUCCUGACUCGGGCCGGGUUUUCCAAUACUGGCAUUGUUGUGGAUCUGAAGAUCCUUUUGACCCUGGCUGUACUGCUGCUUCUCACUCCUCGUAUGAUGAUUGAUAUGGUUGACAAUCUUUCUGCAAACAAAACACGGUUCUGUUCUUUGUGUGGCCACAGAACACUAAGCCUUAUAUUGCCAGUCUGCAAUUGGCAAUCCCUUUUCUUGCUCUGUCCAUUGUGUUCCUAUGAAGAUUGACAUUUAUUGAGUUGAAGUCUGAACUUCUUGUCGGAUUCUAAAGGAUUUUAUGUGAAAGCAUAAGACAACAAUCUGCUUUUUGGACUUUAGACACUUUCUUCAAUUAAAAAAUCUCGGUGAAAGAGGGCAAGUAUGGGGGGGGGGCGGGGUGAGGCCUAUAUUGGGAUUCUGAGUAGAAAUUAAAAUUGUACUUCAGAAUCACCCUUGUAGUCAAGUUCCAUGAGAUUGGUGACAAACUUUUUCUCUCAGAUUCUCGCAUUUUUUAUCAAUUCCUUUGCCCUGCCCAUAACAGGGCCUUCACAAGCAUUCCUCCAUGCGAGUCUGGUCUUUUACUAGCUGCAGGAGCAAUGCCUCUUCUACACCAUUUGGUAUUCUAUGAUUUCUUUUUUCGGGGUAUGCUUCUCUUUAGGAAGGAAAUGGGAGUGAAGGAAGCACUGAUGAGGAGAAAAGGCAUUUGAUUCCGUUGAUGAAUCGGAUUAGAACUUAAAGAAGAAUCUGAUGGAGAAAUGGAAGUUCUGGCUAAAGCAUAUACGGACAGACAUGAACAUUGAGCCCCUUGGAAGAUUGACACCGUGUUGCUUCUACAUGAUUAUUAUUAUUAUUAUUGAGAUAAAUUACACUUUCAUCCCUAAUUUUAGUAUAAUGAAUGGAUAAUUUCAAUAUUUUUAAAAUUAAACAAUUAA